AUGAGGAAGGGUCCGGGCACCCGUUUGUUCGGUCCCCUCAAGACCAAGGGUGCAGCCUUGGGCGAGUCGGAGCCGGAGACGGCCCAAACACAGAAGAAGGAGUGGAGAAGGUGGGUCCAGGCCCGCCUCUCCUUAGCUUCAUAUAAGGGCUGGGGACCCGGGAGUACAGGUUCACACACCAUGAGUUCCUCUACAAGACCAGGGACCUUUCUGCUGACCUUCAUGACGCUCUGCACCCUCCUGGGUCUCGGUUGCCCACUAAGCUGUGAGGUGUGUAAGGGCUCCGGGCCCACGUGCAGUGGAAAACUGAAGACGUGCGACGCUGGCAAGGACGCAUGCGUGGUCCUCGUGGGGGAGUCCAGCACAAAGGGCCAACACUCGGUGAACACCUACAAGGCCUGUAUGAAGUUCAGCGACUGCUACUCCGGGUUUGUGUCCACCACCAUGAGCCCCAAGGACUACAUGGUGUCCAACGCGCACUGCUGCCAGAGCGACGGCUGCAACCGCGGCUCCGUUCCCCCUCCCCAGAACAAUCGUACUGAGAACGGCCUGCUGUGCCCCGCCUGCAUUGCGCCCUUCCAGGAGACGUGCCCAGGGACCCAGGCAGCCCGCUGCGUCGGCCAGGAAACCCACUGCAUCUACUUCGCUGGCAAUGUGCAGGCUGGUAUCUUCAACACCAAAUUCGCCACUCGGGGCUGUGCUACAGAGAGUGCCUGCCACACCAAGGUUGGGGCUGAGGUGCCCUCAGCCUCCUAUCUCUACUUUCUCCGCCGAGCAGACUGCCUACCAGCCCCCCAGCCCCCUGGCAGGGCUGAAUGA